GCGAACACGCACGUGAUUUCCGUGUACAGGUUUCUCUCACCAGAGAUGGAGAAGGACGCCCACAACGGCGAAUUACAGGCGCUGCAGGUAACGUCAGCAGAUACCCAGUAUGACAGCAGUUGCUGUGAUACGGGAUCCCAGUCUCCUGCAUCACAAACUGUCCCAGUGAGCGAACGUGUUGUCCUCUUGAACGGAAGUCUCUGUGCGGGGAUGGAGAAAGACAUCGGCAACGGCGAACUGCAAGCACUAAAGGAGAGGACUGGAAUCCCAGAAUGCAACACAAAAACAAAGGCCUCUCCAGCAUUCGAGGAGGUCCUGGACGCCAUUGGGUCCAGGGGGAAGUUCCAGAUCAGACUAAACAUCGUCUUCGUUUGCUUUGCCUCCUGCUUCGACCUGAUGAGUGUCAACAUGUUCUACCUGGCUAUGCAGACUCCAGAUCACUGGUGCUACGUGCCUGGCAGGGAAUUUUCCAACCUUUCGAUUGAGGAGUGGAAGAACCUCACCAUACCGAGGGAAGGAGCCUCGUUCAGCAAGUGCCUGAUGUACAACCAGAGCGAUGUGGCGGACUCCGGCGGCAGCAGGGAGACUGUGAAGUGCCAGCACGGCUGGGAGUACGACGAUACGUGGUUCUCCCUGACGGUGACGUCACAGAUGAACUGGGUCUGCGACAACCAGCAGCCCGUCAAUGACGUCUUGUUCUACUCACAGAUUAUUGGAGUUGCCCUGGGGUUGCUGUUUGGCUACAUGGGCGACAUGUACGGCCGGCGCCCCCAGCAGCUGCUGUGCCUGUCAGCCCACGUGCUCAGCAGAGUGCUGGUCGUGCUGUCUCCACACGUGCUGCCGCUCUUCAUCCUGGCGGCAUCCCUCGUGUCAGCUGCGGCUGGGCCUCUGACAGAAUCUGUCUUGUCUGUCGGUUUGGAGCUAACUGAUAUCAAACACCGCACUGCAGUCAACCGCUAUGCCUGCUGCAGCAUGGCCGUUGGAGUGAUGCUUGCUGGUCUGGUGUCUUGGGCGCUGCCCAAUUGGAACUAUUCCCUCUCGUUUGCUGCCCUCAGUUGUUUUAUACUAUUCUUCUUCUUCAGUUGGUUCCCCGAGUCUCCACGCUGGCUGGCGUGCAGGGGUCGUGAGCAGGAGGCGCUGGCUGUUCUGCGUCGCAUAGCAGCCACCAACGGCUCCACGGUGCCUCCGUUCGCCCUGCAGGUGAUACAGACCGUGGGCAAGAGCAAGACAGACAGGAGGGGCUUCCUUGGCAUCUUCUCCAGCUGGAACGUCUUCAGGAACACAGUAAUCCUCAUUGUUGCCAGGUCGGCAUACCUGCUGACAAUGUACUCACCGGUGAUAGCGGUGACCCGACUGAGCGCGAACCCUUUCCUGGGGAUAGUGGCUCAAGGGGCGGCAGUUUUCGCUGCCUUCUACCUGGUGAACUACUUUGGAGCGAGGUUCGGUCGCCGUUGGCCCAGCGUGGCCACGGCACUCUUGGCUGCAAUGGUCUGUGUCCUCAUCUUCUGCCUGCUCACUGCUCACAUCGCGGGUGCAGGCAUCAUGAUGGCGACCAUGCUGAUGCAGUUCAGCACCAUUGGCAACCUGGGCAUGGUGAACCUGCAGAGCAUCGAGUUGCACCCCACGUGUCUCCGCCAAAUCGCCACGAGUGUCGAGUGGGCAGUUGCUGGGAUUGCCAUGUCUUCCCUGCCCUACUUGGCUUUGAUGGACGACAAGCGACUUCCCUUCGCCAUCCUCGCAGCCCUGAACUUGGUGGUGGCUUUUUCCGUGUCGUUUCUGCCAGAAUCUGCGCUGCAGCGAUUGCCGGAGACGUUAAGGGACGGUGCCGUCUUUGGCAGAGGACAGCACUACUGGAGCUGGAAACCCAAACCGACACCAGAGUACGCCAAGGGAUAAAGGAGUUCCAGAAGUUCCUUUUAGUUUAGAAGGAAUGAUAAUGCGAUGCUGGCAACCUUGGACUUCUGUUUACUGACGGUACACAGGACUUGCUCGGCCUGCUAUGAACGAAUAACAGUGCACUUCGAGCCCUAUUUCUAAUCUGUAAACAGUAACACGAAAAUUAAGCCUGACCUGGAUUAGAUUAUAAUUUAUGGCCGUUAUAUUCAGUAAAUGCUACAUGCCAAAAUAAACUGACAUGGAGACCGCACCCACUGCGCUAUCCAAAAAAGAAAAAAAAACCCUCAUAAUAGACUAAAACUACAUAUUGCACUCCUCCUAACAAAGCCUUAGUCUGACGAGUAAUCCUCUUACGCUAACGUCGUCUGCAUUCGUACCAGUUUCUCCUCGCAUUUUUAAUUUUAACACUAACUCCAAAAAUACUCUAAUUCUACGCAACCUGCCUCACCCUCUGUGCCCGUCCACUUACCCCCCCCCCCCCCC